GAGGCACCGAGAGCCGGAGAAGGUAGUUGGACUCGGCAGCGCCCAUCUGGAGCCUGGCUCCGGCCGCCGUCCCUGGGCCCAGGCGGACGGGAGCCCCCGUCCUGCGACUGUAGACCACACACACAACACCAACCACCACCAACAACCACCCCGGACGUCGUCCGACGAGGCAGCCCCAGAGACCAGAUGCCGGCGGACCUCGCGGCCAUCCGCGACGCCGUCGCCGCGCGCAAGGCCAUGCUCGCCGAGCAGGACACGGAGCCCUCGGCGACGGCCAAGGCCGUCGCGCGGUGGUGCGUCAAGCGGCCGGGCCCGAAGCGGGUCUACACCGCUAAGCACACGGGAAACCUCGACUUACUCAGAAGGACCUUAGAUGAAUUGGACGGCUGGCAGGAGGAGAAGAAGGACGGCCAGGGCUACAAAUGUCGGUUAGUGUGGGUCGCGAGCGCGGGCGACGGGCCGAAGGAGUUGUUAAGGCAUCAAAUGAUGAACAAGUUCGAAGGGAUGGCGUCGCUGGCCGACAAGGCCGAGACGGAGCGAUGCCUGCAGCGUGCUAGAGAUGCGGGCGUGCCGGGUCUAGGACCGGGGGCUGGGUCGUACUUCCCGAGGACGUGGAUCCUACCGGCCGGUCGCGCGGAUCUGGUGGAGUACUUGAAGAGAAAGCGAUUAAAGGGCUACCAGAAGCACGGUACGAUCAUCUACAAGCCCGCGAGCGGCAUGCAAGGGACUGGGAUCAUGCUCAUCCAGCACGAAGGCAAUCUACCGACCGAGUCCGGUCAUGUCGGCCGGAAGGCGGCCGUGGCCCAGGCGUAUAUACCUCCGUUGUUGUAUGAUGGCCUGAAGUUCGACCUGAGGUUAUAUGUGGUCGUGACCUCAGUAGAUCCGUUGGAAGCUUAUUUGCAUCGCGAGGGCCUCGCGCGCUUCUGCACCGAGCCGUACAAGACGCCCUCGGCCAAGAACUUGCAUCGGUGCUACGCGCAUUUGACGAACUACUCUUUAAAUAAGUACAACAAGGAGGGCUACGUGUUAGCUACCGAUGACGAUUCUUCCAACAAGAGCGAGUCUUCUGACGAUGGACAGUCAUACAAAGGGGCGUCGAAGCGACCGGCGUCGCAUGUGAUUGAUGAACUCGAUGUGCGAGGCUUGAUCGAUGGCGAGGAGUUCUGGGACCGGACCGAGGAUUUGGCCGCGUGUGUGUUAAGGGCGAUGCAGCCGGAUCUAGCCUUGCGCUACCGCCGGAACUUCCCGAGAGAUAGGGAGAGUCUGAGCGACGCGGCCGGGCCGAACCGAAGCGCCCCAGAUUUAGAUGACCGGCGCUGCUUCCACGUCAUUGGUCUGGACGUGAUGAUCGACGAAAAAUCACAACCUCGCUUGAUCGAGGUGAACUCGUCGCCAUCCCUGGCGCUGGACCAGGAAGUGGAAGUCCUGAAUGAGGAGACGGGCGAGAGUCGCGUGCGGAAGCAGGUGUCGCCAGUCGACGUCGCGGUGAAGGUGCGCGUCAUGCGGUCGGUUUUGCGACUCGUCGGCGACCGAACGCUCGAGGCCGAUUUAAGGCCUAUCUGCGGCGGCGGACGAGCGGAAGCGGACGAGUGGACGCUCGUCGAUCGGUGUCGAAGGCUCUUCGCCGCGGUGCAGCCAGACACGUCCAAGGGCAUGAGCGCGGCGCACUACGUGCGCUUCUGCAAGAACGCCGGGCUGCUGGAGCUGGGCGCCUUCGCCAAGGCCGACCUCGAGAUCAUGCAUACGCAGCUCUGCGCGCAGCAGGAGUGGCGUGCCAACGAGCCCGCCCAAAAACUCAUGCGCUGGGCGACGUUCGUGCGAGCGCUCCAACAGCUCGCGACGCGCGCGUUCCCGGAUCAGGACGUCGGCGCGGCCUUUGGGCGGCUCCUGGACCACAUCCAUCGCAACGCCGUAGAAGGCACAUAGGUUUUGUACUAAUCGUAUCGGAAGUUUAGCUAGCGGCCCGUAAG